CACGCAAUCAUGGCGUCCACAUCAGAUCGACAAUCCGAUUCAUCGGGACAAGACCAUCCUAAUUCUUGGUCAAACACGGAACAGAGAUUCACGAAGGCUUACCGUGACUGCAAAAAGCAGUGGGUAUGUAUCUAUAUAUCUCUCAAGCUAAUUUGCGUUGAUAUUCCCAAUCUAUUUCCUACCCUCGAUGGCUCAAUGGCCUAA